CGCUAUCAGCUGCUGAAGGCUGGGCACACGAGCGGUGCGGGGACACUGAUAGUGGAGAGACGGAGGGUGGGGGCGAGGCGGUGGACGGAGACUCUCUCGUCGUUGUCGUCGGUGACGGUGGUACAGAUGGGCGCGACUCCCCUCAGCUGAGCCGGCCACCAAUCCACAGCACCAGCGGCCCCCCAAUGCUGCCUGAAUCCAGCUGAGCACAGUUGGAUAACCCACAUCCUGCUGCGAAUGACAUACAACUGGCACCAUGCUCCCCCGUAGCAUGAGAACAGGUGGUUAUGACCUGCCGGGGGUGGAGUCAAGCGCAGUGCCUCUCAUUGGCUACCGGCCCUUGUCACCGGACAGAGUCGCCCAGAGCAGCCAAUCGAGGAGGGGGAGCGGCAGCGAUGAAUUGGAAACUUCACAAGCAGAGCCUUCACCAAUGAAGACCACCUGGUACUGUCCUCUGGAUCUGUCCACUGUGGUGGAGGAAGAGGAGGAUGGUGUGAUCUACACAGUGGUGGUCAAACAGCAGCAUGGUGCCCCCAACAGUCUGACGUCUACGGUUUCUCGCUCCCAGUGUGUGAAAGCAGGAACAGAAGAGAAGCUGGUGCUCCACCUCCUUCACUCCUUUUCCAUGGGCGACUCGUCCUUCAUCACCAUCUUCCUCUCCACCUAUCGAUCCUUCACCUCCACGGGAAGAGUGCUGGACAUCCUCACUGACAGAUUGGAGAACCCACCUGGGGACAGCGAGAGGAGCCAGAUGAGACAAUCUUUCAACAAAGCGGUGUGUACUGUGUUUAGCACGUGGCUCUCUGAGUAUCCUGAAGACUUUAAGAGUUUGGGGGAGCCCAAUCGCCUGCUGCGCCUGGCUCCCCUCUUCCCCAAGGACACCUCGUCUGCAGUCGACCUCCGCGCUCGCCUCCUCAGGAUAGCAGAGGAGCUCAGCGAGAAAGCCCUGCUCCCUGACGCCCGCAAAGCUUUAUACUUUGCAGAUCAGACCGGUUUAAGCAGCCCUCUUCCUGACGCCUCCAAGUUUGAGCCCACCAGCAUCCUCGGAUUCCCUGCAGCGACCAUCGCGGAGCAGCUCACCAAAAUAGAGACAGAGCUGUUUGUCCGUCUGGUCCCAUACCACUGCCUUGGAUCACUGUGGUCUCAGAGGGACAAAAAGGGGAGGGAAGGUGUUUGUUGGUCCGUCCGGGCCACCGUCCAUCAGUUCAACAAGCUGGCAAAUGCAGUUUUAGCAUCCAGCCUUUGGUCCACGAAUCUGCGCAGCCAACAAAGAGCUCGACUGCUGGAGAAAUGGAUCAGCGUGGCAGAGGAGUGCCGAGCCAGGAAGAACUUCUCCUCACUGUAUGCCAUCGUGUCUGCCCUGCAGAGUAACCCCAUCCACCGGCUGAGGAAGACAUGGCAGGACACUGACAGGGAGGCAGUGAGGAGAUAUGAGGAACUUUCAGAAAUAUUCUCAGACAAAGACAACUACUCACAGAGCAGAGAACUUCUAAAGGAGGAGGGCACAUCAAAGUUCGCCAACCUUGACAACAGGCUCAACAACAAACAUAUUCGGGGGUCCCACGCCCAGGGCACAGUGCCCUAUCUGGGCAUCUUCCUCACAGACCUCACCAUGCUGGACACGGCGGUCAAAGACAGGCUGGAUAACGGCUACAUCAACUUUGACAAAAGGAGAAGGGAGUUUGAGGUUUUGGCUCAAAUCCGGCUCCUGCAGUCUUCCUGCAAAAACUGUGUUUUCACCACUGACGAGGCCUUCAUACAGUGGUAUCAGAGUGUGCCUGCACUAACAGAGGAGGAGAGUUACAGACUGUCCAGUGAAAUUGAAGCCCCUGGUGAGCCGAGUCCCCGUGGCCUUACUCCAACAGUCAUCAUCACACAGUGCCCAGACCUGAGUAGCUCUCGGACCAGCCUGACUGGUGACAGUGAAAGCCUCUUUGACUUCUCCUCCCCCGUCAAUAAUCUGCUCUCAAAACUCACAAAGCAUAUGAGAUCUCCGUCUGUGUCGUGUCUGGAUGUCGACACGUCUACUUCGACCGCUGACUCCACGCCUGCCGCGUUGACUCCAUCCACUCCCACAAAAUCACACCGCCGAUCAGUCUCCUGCGGCAACAACCCCGUCAAUAAUGUCCAAGGGUCGGGCCCCGACAUGCGGAUUAUCAGGAUACGGAUGGACCUGCAGGAUGGGAACUUGUACCGAAGUAUACUGGUUACGAGCAAUGACAAGACCCCCACUGUGAUCAGCUCAGCCUUAGAAAAGCACAAUCAGGACCCCAAACAGACGUCCAGAUAUGAGCUGAUCCAACUGCUGCCUGAAGGAAAAGAACUGGUCAUCCCUGCCACAGGAAACGUCUUCUACGCCAUGACGUCAUCUAGUGUUGACUUCCUGUUGAGAAAGAAAGACAGGAACACUCCUCUGGGCUCGCAGCCGAUCAGCACGGAGACGAGCGCCACUUUUCCUCGGAUCAAGGCCAAGGGGAGGAGACUGGUCAGGACAUUAUUUUGACAUCAGAUUUUCCUCAACCCAACUUUGUCCACAGUGAUGGAUUCUUUCCUCCUCACAAACAGUAAAUGUGGCCUUUUACACACGCCUUCCUCCCAUGCUACGACAAAGCUCGUUCUACCAAAACACCCAAAGACGAGGACCAAGUCUUAAUCAGCGACUCCAGAGCGGCUUUCGUCAAACAUUUCAUACCUCCAGCUGCUGCACUGCUGCGUUCACCAGAGCUGUCUGCUGCUGAACAACAGUCUUCUUUUACAAACAGUAUGCAUCACUAAUUUACUCCAAGAGGAAGAGCAAUGGAAGCCUUUAACUGAGUGCUUUUGGUGCUGGCUCUCGAGUCCCAGUCAGGUAGCACUUGAUGCAUUUUCUUUCAUUUCAAUUUAACAAAUAAUAUCUGUUUUUUAAUUGCGUAUAGCCACUGGAAAAUCCCUCGUGAACUAAGCUUCCAAAUGUAAAAAGGUAAUUUAACAAGAUGCAGUUGAAGGAUUUAGGACAGUGUUUUUUUGUUUUGUUUUGGGGUUUUUUUUGGGGGGGGGGCGUAAUGAAACGUGAAUAUCCAGAGCCCGUCAGAUCUGGUUCUGUUAAACAGCACAUGAGGAAGAUCCAAAGAUACAGUGCAAGAGCACCAUUGUAGCAAAACACUGGAGUUCGUCUAAUUGGACAUAUAUGUUUUGUAUAUAUUUAUAUAUUUUGUAUGUCUAUGUGAUGUCAACAUUGUGUUUACACUGGUGAGGAGCUCAAUGUCCAUGUGUCCCAGCUGUCUAAUUCAUUAAGGAAAAAAUGCAUCAAAUACCUGCAAAAUUUCCACUUUAAACAGGACAGCAGGUGUCUACAGACAUGUGCAGAUACUUAGUUCAACAUAAACCUAAAGCUGCAUUAAUCAGUCUUUUUAUACUAAUUUGAGUAUUAUUCUGAUUGUGAAUGGGGCUGCUUGCAUUAACCUAAAAACAAUAAUUGAUUUUGCAGCUCUUCAGAGGUUUUAAUUCGUGAAAUUUACUUGAUGGUCCAUUUUCACAGCUGUUAUCAACCUGUUUCCAGCAGCAGCUGAACUCAGAUAAACCUUAUUUAUAUACACUCUAUGAGAUAAACCCACCUUAUGCUGUCUGCCAGACAGCAACCAGCAGACACACAGCUAGUGGCUCAAAAAACCUAUCUGCUAAAAUGCCUGAUAUUUUUCUCAAAAGUUGCUGAAGACCAAACUAGCCCUAAAAGGAGAGUGAUAUGCACUUAUUGAGAAAUACUUCCUCUUCAGCUGAAUGUGUAUUUAGGCAGCUGUUCACUAACACUUUAGCUGUAGCAACUUAAUAAACUGUCAUACAGCUCGUUCUGGAGUUCUUCUGACCCCUAGUGGCCAAAAGUAGAUUAUUGCAGCUUUAAACAAUUCCCACCUUACAGCACUUUCAAAGCUUUGAGGCUUUGCUUCAGUUUAUCACCGCAGUACUAAAACCAUAAGGACAAGAGUAAGGAAAAAACACCACCAUUAUUAGGUUUGAGGUUUCCUCUGUCUCUACUUUUCAACAGAGCAUAAGCUAAACUUAAUGUAUGCAGAUUUCUACACCGCUCAGCAGGAUACAUCUUCACUGCUGUAAACACACAGAACCAAGCCUCUGCUCCAAUUUCAUGUUUUGAAUUAACAUGUUAACUUCCAUGUAGGUUUAAAAAAAAAACACACAACCUCUUAAAAAAAACAGUCUGGACUUUGAUGAAGUCUUGUGACCUCUGGUUGUUCCUGCUCAGCGCUGGUGAAGCCUUUGUGCAGGCUGAGGCACGAGCAGAACAGGACCAGGGAGAGGAUUCUGGGUAAUAAUAGAUGAUGUGUGCUAGCAACAUGCUAUGCUACUGAUUGUUUUAGUGCCUUUCUCUACAGGAUGCUCAUUAUUUCCCCCCUUGUUUGCAUUAGAAUGUAUACAGUAAACACAGAGGAAACGCAGUCGCCUCUGGUGCUGUGUUUCCUCACAUCAGAGCUAUUUAUGCACUACAUACAGGAUGUCCUAUUUUUGUGGUAAUAAAUUUACUUUUGUAUGAAUUUCAUUGCUUUUGACUGAUGUGCUGUAACCUAUUCAACACAGAGAUAUUUCCCUUGCAGCCGAGUAUGCCAUAAAUAUAAUUAAAGGUCAGAUACACACAUUCCUAUUUUUCUCAUGCAUAAACAAAACAAGUUGAAUAUACAUCAAAUACAAAAAACACAACUCUGCUUUAGUCUUUUUAUUGAGAUUCAAGAUAGCCAGCAUCUUCAAGCAAAAUCAAGGAAUGCAUGUGGAAACGUGAUAUAACUAUUAAUUCUAAAAAAAACCGAGUAAUGCGUACUGCAUAUGUCAGAAAAGCACAUUAGACAUUAAUAAACAUUCAUACCAGUCCA